CAACUCUCGCGCAAGGACUUGAGCAAUUUUUGUCCCUCGUCAGGUCCUCGCGCGCGUUGUGCUUUUGUUACUCGAGUUCGAAAUUCAGCGCGUGCAAUUUUUAUCCGCCCGCAAUUUUGCAAUUCCGCGGGCGCGCGCGCACAGUGUCCGCCCUUCUUCUUGUGCGAUUUCCUCGCGACGUAGCAGCAAAAAUCACUCGAGAUUUGCGCGUCGAGAUGACGCGGAAUAAGGACACGAUUUGUAUUCGCCUUCGGUUGUGUUCGCCCGAGAUAUUAAAUAAACAUGACUCAUGAAUCGAACCCGCCCUCCUGAUUGCGUGGCGAACGUUCGCCACGUAACCGAGAACGUCGCACGUGUGAUUGCCUUCUCAUCCGAAAGUUCAAGCCGGCGCGGCCAGUAAUAGCGAAUUAAUGACGGGCAUAUCAGUUUUUCCUGGUAUUCCCGUCAUUCGACACCCAGCCGCGCGCUCGCGCGAGGGAAUAGACGAGAAGAGAGGAAAAAAGAGGAAAAUCGUAGGCCGUCGAAUGGAGCGAUUUUCAAAACACGUGGCACGUGAUAUGCGCCGUACACGUUUCGCGCUCUUGUCACGACAAGGCGGUUAACCGAUGUAAUGGACUAGAAUGGAGCGAAAAAAAAGAAAAAAAACUAUACAAGACCUCGCGUGGCGAGAAACAGCGCGCAAAAGUAAUUAGCGGUUACGUUGUCGCUCUGUUCGGCCAGAGCGGGAGGGGAUUCGAUUAAAAUCACAGUGACGUGCCGACGUAUCAGAGUCAAGCUCAGUUUCCUUUCCGGCGUCUUUCAGAAUGACAUCGUCGGCGUUGCCGUCGUGGUCGGUGCGCCUCGCGAACUCGGCAACUCUUCCUCAGCUCUCGUCGUAGCGACAGGUCGUGCUUCGUUUCGUUUGGUUUCUAAGCCCACCGGACGACAAGUCUAAGGCUGUUGUGUGGAAUCGCUGCUCAGAAGUAACAGUCGUGACAGGGUUUCCUAGUGGAAAAAGAGCCAGCAGUGCGAAGCAUCGUAUGACGUUGAUUACUAAAUGACACUCGAAAAUGCUUUCGAAAAUGUUUCAACGUGGGUCUAAUCAGAGCAUCAAGUAUUUGAAAAGGCGAGGAGGAGACACGGGCCUGAACAGAUAGAAAAACUUAAGCAGUAAAACAUAAGCAGUAAACAAAUUGAUCAAUUACAGUAGAUGAUUCUUCUUGUAGUCCAAGAAUCAAUGAUUUAGGUGACUCGCGAUCGAUACAGGUGGAAGUGCGAACGAGUGAGAACGGCCUCCGUAUUGAGAACAUGAAACGUUAUUCGCUCGCGUCGUGUGUGCACGUGUUGCUCUCGUAGAAGACUUUUCUGUCGCGAGCUAACGCGAUCGAUCGUUAACGUGAAAUCAAGAAGAGUAUCACCGGGCGUAAUGGACCGCGGCAUAUUGCGGCAAAUGCUGAUCGGACUUGUGUGCAGUCUCAUGACUAUCGACUGCGGCUUCCACGAGGGAUGGUGCACGCCGACCAUAUCCAAAUUCAACGGCGAGGAUCCCUUAAACGUGACAAGCGAUGAGAUUGCUUGGAUCGUGAAUCUCAUGUACGUGGGCGUUGGCAUCGGCUCGUUGGUACCGUUCAUGCUGAUGAACACCAUCGGACGUAAAGGCACUCUGCUAGUCACCACGAUGCCGAAGAUCGCGUCUUGGCUCUUCAUCGGCCUGUCCACAUCUGUACAUUACAUAUUUGUCGGACGAGUGUUAGCGGGCAUAGGAUGCGGCGUAACCUACUCCGUGAUGCCGAUGUAUCUCGGCGAGAUCAGCAGCAAACGGACCAGAGGUCCUCUAGGUACCCUAAUGGUCGUCCUAAUCAACAUCGGAGUGCUGAUCAUCUACACGAUCGGCUUGUGGAUCAGCCGAUUCACGAUGGCGAUGAUAGGUCUGUGCGUGCCUUUGCUGUUCCUCCUGACAUUCAUAUGGUUGCCCGAGAGCUCAGUAUUUCUCACGCGAAAGAACAAGCUCGAACUUGCGAAGAGAACCCUCCAGUGGACCCUCGGCAAGAAGAACGUGGACGAGGAGUUAGACGAGGUCAAACGAAUCGUGAUGGUCGAGAACGAGUGCAGCCAGAUAAGCUUCACCGAGAUGUUCAAGCAGGUAUUCAAGGCGCAGAACAGGAGAGCCUUUCGAAUUGCCAUAAUAGUGCUGAGCGCCCUGUCGCUAACGGGCGCGGCGCCGAUACUCGUGUAUCAGUCGUACAUCUUCGACGAGGCCGGCUUCGAGAUUUCGACCAACACCGGCAUCAUCCUGACCGGCAUCGCCAUCGUCAUAUCCGGCUGUGUCUGUGUGACGCUGGUGCGGUUCGUCGGCAAGAGAUCGCUGCUACUGAUUGCCGCGCCGAUUUGCCUGCUAUCGUUGACGACGAUAGCCAUUUUCUUCCAGCUGCAGUCCAGCGGCUACGACGUCUCCCAAUUCAAGUGGGUGCCCACGGUCUUCGUGGUGAUUUACGUGUUCGGUUUCGGGCUUGGCCUUAAUCCGAUACCACUCGCGUAUAUCGGUGAGAUCUUCGUCUACGAGGCCAAAGUACCCGCCGCGGUGUUCAGCGCUCUCUACUACUCUUUGAGCACCAUCGCUAUUGUGAAGUUUUAUCAGGUCUCGCAAGAGGUAUAUGGCACGUUCGUACCAUUCUGGGUAUUCACCGCGAUAACGUUUCUUAUAUGGGUAUUAAUUUACCUAUUUGUGCCGGAGACCGAAGGCAAAACCCUGGAACAGAUACAAUUGGAAAUACAGAGUAAGAAGUUAUUACCUACGGCUGAAAAGAUGGACAUGAUGUCAUAAACAAUCCGAAGAUCCACCAGACCCAUUUUUACGGCGCUCUCGUUUCACACGAGAAUAUCACUCGUACGAUUCUGUGAUUGCGAGUUCAUACAAAAUAUCGCAGCGAAAUCUUUCGCGAAUUAUGUUAUAAUACUCAAAUAAUCAGAUAAUCAUGUACAUAUAACAAUAAUUUGUAAAGCGCGUGCAAUUACGAGUCGCGGUAAUGUUACAAUAUCAGCGGCAAUAUCGACCAUGUCGACUAUUUCGCCAGCUAUCAUCAAGUAAUUAUCAAAUAACGACAAGGAAUUUUGGCUCAUCGACAAUGUAAUAUCGACAAUCAAUAAUGACGCGUGUAAUGCGCCACAGGUAUUACGACGAGGGAUAGAAAAUUCCUUCUGAAUAAGUAGAUGUAUCUAAAAUAAUAACAACGAUACGUAGCUUUAUGUAUUCUUUUAAAAUUCAAGGCAAAAUCGCUGUAUCGGUGAUGGCGUUAAAUUGCAUUUCGAGCUUGUGAAAGAGAGCUAGGCAAAGAGAGGCGGUGUGAGAGUGGGGGUGAGGUGAGGGGGAGAACCAUUGAACUUGUUUGAUCGUAAAGCUCUAACUCCGCAAAGAGAAUCGUUUAGUAGCGAUAUCGCGUACGACGAGAUUCGUACGUUCGAUCGAACAAGUUAAGUUCUCAUUAAAAACACAUUUGCAACGUGAAUUCGACGACCUCUCUCGUUGAUCCUCUUCUGAAAUAUAAAACCGGCAUAAACACUACUCACUAUAUCCCGUUGCACUUUAACAAAUAUUAUCUCGCCGUUUGCAUCAGUGAUGGGCGAACGGAAGGAAAAAUAUGAAAUCGUCAUUCAAAUAAAUUCGAAAUUUUUCAAUUAUAUUUUUCCAUUAUUUUUCGUUUGUUUGUACGGGGACGUUCCUUUAAAUAUAAACGAAAGCAAUCAAGCUUGAACGUUGCGCUUGAUUAAGCGAACCGCCGUGUAAUUUUACGCUUCGAAGCGCGAGUGUUGUGCAUGCGGCUACCACGAUAUUGUACAUGAAGUUAAAAAUAUAUUAUUAAAAAUCGUAAAUCUUUCAAGCAUACGCUCAUUGAAUGAUAUACAGUCAAGGCUUUUAAAUAUCAAAUUUUUCGAUAUAAAAGAGGGUCGAUGAAAAGACCGGACUUUUGUUCACGUAAAUGUUUAUUAUUAUUAUUUUAUUGAACAUUUACCGUAAAUGUUUAUUAUUAUUAUUUUAUUGAACAUUUACCGUACAAUUAAUAUAAUAGUAGUCUUGUUAUACUUUAUAUUUUAUAAUUAUACUUUAUAAUUAGGUAGUACUAAAAAAGUGAGGUGACAGCUGAUAGUUGAUUGUGUGCCGAACCUAAUGCAGAAUAAAUGGAUAAUUUCUAAAUGAAACAUGUAAUAAUAUAAGUACUGGCUCUUUUGCAGAAGAGACUUCCUAAACUUAGAACAGAACAUUCUCCACUGAACUGCUAUGUUUAUAACUGGUGGUCCAGUACUAUAAGUGUUGUAAUCAGUAAAAUCUCCCUGAAAGAAUCAGUUAAUAGUGCACAGAAAAAACAAGCUUAAUUGAAUGACAUGAUCAUGAAUAAACUGAAUGCCUUUUAAUUGCAAGAAACAGAAUUUGAGAUUCUUAGAGCUAAAUUUGAUUCAUAAGAAUUAAACAUUCUGUUUUCUUUAAUCAAGACGCGUUUGUUUCGUUUAUGGUCAUGUUCUUCUCCGUGUAGCGACUAUUCCCAUUACUGAUGAAUUUCACGAACGCAGAUAGUGUCAAUGUACGCAAAAAAUAUGGAAACCGUUGAUUACACAGUCACCAGUCUUACUUCCACUGGCUAAAACCGAUGAGAAAUAAGACGGUACAAUAAAGUAAGUGUUUUUACAAAAAAUCACUGAAUAUUCAUCAAUCAUCGAUGAAACAGUCUUUUUACUAAUUCAGUCGGAAACGUUUUUAUUGAAUCACUUUAAUCCUAGAACUCUAAACAUGGAUAAAUUUACCCAGAUUAAUUUUUCAAACGUUGCCGUUCUUAAAAACAUGUCUUGUUUUUACAUUAUAACUUUUUUGACUUGAUUAAAUCGCAAAAACAUUAGAUUCAUAUUCUUCGAUGUUUUCUGUGUACUAAUUAAAAAUAAGAUUUAUUAAUAAAUUUCGAUUAUUUUUCCGAAAAUUAUAAGCAAAAGAAAAUGCGCUGGGUAAAAUUUACUCAUGUUUAGGGUUUAUGUAACUUUUUGAUAUUCAGGGUUCUAUGUUUAGGAUUGUUUAAAGGUUUAAGAAAGCAAGGAAAAAUGAUGUCGAUCAAAUACUAUUGGGUAAGGGAUUGAAAUACCACACAGCUGUAUAUGAGAAAGAGUGAUGCAAAGUUUGUGAUGCAUGAAAACGGAAAGAAGAGAUGCAGGACGAGUAGAAGCAGAGGAAUUGAAAUGGAAAUUUGAGCUUUGUUUCGAUAAGAUGGAGAAGACGUCGUUCUAAUGACAAUGGCCCUAAAGUUGUCCGGACAAUCUCUCCCCUUGUUCAAAAGUCCACUCAUAUUCGCUUGCGCUCUCGAUAAAAGAGUAAGAAUGUAACAUUCCCUAAAACCUCAGUCCUCGUCGUAAACUCUCGGACGAUCCCGCCGUAUGACCAUCCCGGCCACGUCGAUGAUGGCUCGUCAGCCUCGGUAUACCGCGGAACAUUGGCAGGACGUAUACGUCAGACAGCAUGCCUUGCAUGCACGCCUGUCGGCGUUGCUCCCGUACGGAACGUACGUACAUGUGUAUGCCUCAUAUAUACGUAUAUUUACAGUUAUGUGCAAAUGCAUUUGCGCCUACGUGCGCAUAUAACUGUUUAUCCGCUAAUACUCCCUUGUGUGACGCAUUAGUUUGUACGUUGUGUGUAUGCCUGUGCGUGUGUGCAUCUGUAAUGCGCGCGCGCGCGGACUUGAAUGCGACCAAUUUAAUGCCGCGGGCAAGAACGACGAUUUGACGAUUUCUAAUGCGAAGAGCGACGAUAAAAGUGCGCGUAGAUGACAUUUCAUUCUUUAUAAGAGAAAGCGUAUUUGUGUUUAGAUAUAGAGGCAACUGCUUCCUAAAGUACAAUGUGUGUAUUCCCCACUAAAACGCUAUACUUAUAACUGAUAAGUGUAGUUGUAAGUAUAGCACUGUAAUCGGUAAAAUCUCGCUAAAAUCAGUUAGUAAUAGCAACUAUUCCCAUUAUUAAUGCAUUUUGUAAAUACAGACACGCAUGCAAGCUGCAUAGAAAUCAUUAAAUCUAUCACCGCAAACACAGAAAGGUGGAUCAACUAUAACGUAUAACAAAUUUUUAGGCACGGAGAAAAUAUUUUAGUAAAGAUUACGUUAAAAUUAUAUUUAUUUUUGCAAUGCUUUCUAUAAAACAAAGGCAUCCUGAGAUUGUAGCAUAGAUUACUAUAAUUUGACAAUCUAUAUCAAAUAUAUACAUUAAAAAUAAUAUUCAAGUAAUUAUAGUAAUUUUGUAAUAAAAAGUCAGUAACGUGUGUAACAUUUUGAAAAUAAUAAUAUAUAGUAAUCAUUGUCAUAAUUUCUGUAUAAUUACAAAAGUUACAAGAUUACAAAAGUUUGUUGUAAGUUUUACUAGAAUAUUUUUUCUAUGUAUUACCUCAUAUAGCACAUAAAAAAUAUUUCUAUUAGAAUUAGAUGUAUACCCUUAAAGUCUUUGAUAUAAAGUUUUGUGCAAACAACAAUAGACACCUAAAAUAUAUUCUAUUUGCUAUUUGACGUUUCUAGGAUGUCCCCAAAACGUAUUUUAGACAUUUGUGUUGCUUAAGGCAGAUUUUUCAGGAAAAUCUUCCUUCUUCUGUUAAAAAUCAGUGAAAUAUUAAACGGAGCAGUAAAGUGUCUUCACUGAAAAUUAAUGAAUACUCGCUGAUCGUCGAUAGAAUGCUCCUUUUAUACCGAUUCAAUUCAAUUAGAAACAUUUUUGCUGAUUCGCUUUAAAAGAGCGCGAACGAGCAGAUAACGAGCAACGGACAGCGCCAGAAAGUUAACUUUGGAAUGUUUGUAAUAACUAAUGCUUCGCGAACGCGUCUCAUAGUAUCAUAACGUGGUCUAGAGCAAGAUAAUGAGUGAAGCAGAAAUCGUACAACAACUCCGGCGUUAUUUCGGCAUCUCUAAUGUAAUUAGAGAGCCGUGUACAAUUGCCCGGAUUGGUUUAUGAAUUAAACCACCUGCGCGCAUGUCUGAGUGCGAACAAAUGCGCGAGAUAAAGAGGAAGAUAGCCAAAAGGAAAGAAGUAGAGAGCACGCGUCGUGCAACUCGCGUUUCUGGAUACAUAAUCGCGCGCAUUAGCGUUUAAUUGCGAUGAACGCGAUAAGGGCCGCUACGAGAGGUGCGAGUACUCGGGCGAGGCUGUAGGUGCGAGUGUAUCCAUUGACCCCAUACAUUCCGUAUACCUGAUCUUAUGAGCCAUCAGGAUGACUUGACCCUGUUGUACCGUUCUAUGUACAUAUCUACUGAUAUAUAUGCCCACGUACCCCGCUACCUGUCGGGGUGUACGUUCAACUCAAGCGUGUGCAUUAGCGGGCACGCGCGCGUGUAUCGCGUGUCAGAAUUCCGCCUCGUCUGCGCACACAUACACACAAACAACCACGUAUAUAUAUACAUGCGUAUACGAAUUCGCGAGCAUACACAUCCGCGACUCACGCAAUAUACGUACAACACGUAUCGAGGAAGAGAGUAUACACCGACGUCUCGUUGACGGUGUACGUUCUGUAUCUCGCGUACGGCCGCUCGUAUAAGCUGAGAUCAAGAUUGAUAGGCUACGAGUCGCAACACACACGGGGCAUCCACUUAGCGGUGCAUUAUCCGAAUGAGAAUGUGUACAGGCUGGAUCUUACCUAAUGCGACGCCCGCAAUCCCGGUAAUGGCGACCGCUUUGGCCGUCGCGCGCGGCGAUCUUCGGCAAUCGAUAAUCCCGCGCGCGCGAUUGUGAACGAGGGUGUGUGUGUGUGUGUGUGUGUGUGUGUGUGCAGGGGUAUACGUGGCGUUAACGUGCUAACCGUGUUAUUUCGCGCCCGUCUGUCUGUCUGUCUGUCCGGUUGACGAGCGAGGCCGAGGAAUUGUUCCUAUGACCUUGCGUACGACCGUCAGGUAAUGGAUAAGCGGACGGCAAUUAACCGAGGCGUACACGUAUCUACUUGUCGCGCCGAUGUGUGUUACGUAAACACGGAAUUAUGUGCGCAUUCGGUUAUGCUAUUUGUUUGUUUAAUCGCGAACGAAAUUUCCCGAUUAGAAAUUUUGAUCAGAUACAUGGAUUUAACUGGACAAACGCAAACUAAUCCUAAAUAUAAUAUAUUUUAUAAGAAUAUGAUGAGGAUUGAAAAAGGAAGACUUUUGUAAGGGUAUAGUGGGGUUGGGCCAAUUGUAGGACUACAUUAGGAUCUUAAUGCAUUUCUCGAUUAACAAUUUCGAUCAGGUAUGUCUGAUAUCGUACAAGGACCAAACUGAACAAACGUAAACUAAUUCGAAAUAUGAUAGAUCUGAUAGGGGUAUAAUGAGAAUUGAAUAAGGAAAACUUUUGUUACGGGUAAUGUUACGGGUGAGGCUAUCUUAAAUUUACAUUAAGGGAAAGAUAUCCUAAUCUGUUAAUUUUCCGACUAGAAAUUUUAAUCGGAAUUUUAAUCGCCUAAUAUUGUAUAAGGAUCUAAUUGAAUAAAUUUAAGAUAAUCCUAAGCAUGGAGUAUUUGAUAGAGAUGAUAUUGUGAGAAUUGAAUAAGGAAGAUUUUUGUAAGGAUUUGAUGAGCCUAUUCUAGGUCCACAUUAAGAUUAUCAUGUAUUAUAACUUAGUGUAUUAUCCUAUAAGGUUACAUUGAUCCGGUUUUUCUCGGGAUUUUACUUAUUUUCUCUAUUAUAGUGUGUGUGGUUAGAAUUCAAUAGGGACGAAUUGUAGCUAAUGUUAUAUAUAGUAGGUGUGUGAUCUCUACAAAAAUUAUUUUCUAUAUUUUCUAUUUAAUUUCAAAUAUUAUCACAAAUUUUUAUGAGCCACUAAGUUAUAAGAAUAAAUUAUGAGCAUCAAUUAUUUAUAAGCCUAAAUUAUGAGCAUAUUAUCAGAGCAUCAUCAAUUCUUACUCGAUCGUAAAGUUAAAUAACAUAUGAUGUUAUAGUCAGUAAAACGAUGGAUAACUAUUCAUGGGACGGUGGAAUAUUUGGAUGGGAGGAUUGCGGGAGAAGUAUAUGGUGAAAAGACUACAUGAAGCUGACAAAGAUUUGGCGCAAAUCUGACUAGAACCUAAUGAUGAAUCCUUAAUAAGGUUCUGAUUACUAUGCUGACUUACUAGAAUCCGACGACAUUAUUUUGUACUUCAACCUGAUAACUGCUUAAGAUCAACUUUGCCAAAACCAUGAGAUAAAUUUCUAGUCGAACCCUUUUUCAAAUUUUGUCCUACUUCUGUCUGCCACUCGAACUACCGUUUUGUUGCACCGCUCGGCGAGCACGCCGUGAAAGUUCAUAUUUGAAAUAAAGCGCGGGUACGGGCGAACGAGCGAACGAGUAGGCGCGCGGGAGAAGAGUUCGGUAGAAAAAACAAAAGAUUCCUCAGAAAGAGCAAGGUAGACUGAAUACGUGCUUUGGCAUGUGGCAAAACGUUUUUGCUAAUGGCACUGCUUCACAAAACUAAAAAAUUACACGCUUUUUCAGGAACGUAUUAUUAAAUUACGCGCUGCGCCCGCGACUUGUGUGCAUGAAAGCGCGGCGCGCUUAUGAAAGGUUAUUUCCGCGACCCAUAUACGCGUAAAAAUAUUUUCCUAUGGAGCGUCGACCGAUAUUAAUAUCCUCCUCAUACUGCACUAUGUUUAAAAUCAAUUCGGAACUCGUGUUUUCGUUAAAGCGACUCAUUGUUAAUUUUUGCAUAAAUAGCGUAUAAAUGCACGGGGGACAAUUUGCAAUCGUGAAUUUCGAAAUUUUACGCCGCGUAUUUCGAAAAGCCAUUUGCAGUUUUGCAAUAUAUACACACACACACACACACACACAUAUAUAUAUAUAUAUAUACACACACAUACACAUACAAUAUAAAAAAAACAGUAAUUAGAAGAUUAUAUAGGUUAUAUUAAUUACGAGAAUUCAGUCGCGGUUACUUUCUUACACCCUCGGUAAAUUGCGACGCGGUUCGCUACACGUCAUUAUGAAUUUCUGAUGUCAGCGACACAAUUUCCGCGAUAUAUUCAACUGUAUAAAGCAUACAAUCUUUAAUUCAACUUUAAUCUUUUGGAACAUAAUGGUUUCAUCGUGAGAUCACCUAUUAGAACCAAACGUAUUGGAAUCAAAUAGCUGUAGGCAUAGUGAUCUCGCAACGAAACCACUGCUCAAUCUAUAAUGAUGGACUUUACCGGUUUUUGUAUACUAAGUAACAGUUACUCAUAUACUAAGUAAGAAAGCGGUUGGAUUGACAAAAUCGGCGGUCAUCGGCCAUCAAAGAAAUAUUGGAUCUAUUCAAUAAAAUACAAUGUUAAUACUACAAUAAGUUGCGUUGAUAUAGUGAUUUCAACACAACUUAUUGUUGCAUUAACAUUGUUUUUUGUUGAAUAGAUUUAAUAUUUCUUUGAUGAUCACCGACUUUGUCAAUCCAACCGCUUUUUUUCUCAGUAUAGUAUUUGCUUCAGUUGGUGUACAGUUUUGAUAAAAAUAGAAAAAUAUAAUUAAUUUCUAAAGCGGCGACUGCUAAAAAAAAUUGUUAUUCUAAACAUGUGACAUGAAUAUUUUAUUAGAAUCCGAAUUUUGAAGGUCCUGUACUUCAAAAGAUUAAGCACUUGCUUCUUUACUGCAGUAAUUAUGCACUUACUAUAAUUACGUUUCUUCCGCAAUCUCGAUGUUCAGAUGCGCCCGUGAUAUCAAUUGCAGCGUUGCAAGUUAUUCAUUUGCGGGAUUUGUUUGCGUGAAGUAUUUAUCGUAAAUUAUGCGGACUGUUAUUGUUAUUUUUCGCACAAGGAUAAACCGGGAGAAAUUUUUCUCUUUGCCCGGGAUUGUUCCGUGACCCGACACGUGCGCACCGUUAACAUAACGAGUUCUCGAAGGAAGACACGUAAUGUAGAAACGAAUUAGCGCACCUAUCUUGCCGGCGCAAGAAUCCUCGGAAUUUUACAGAAUAAUCUCUAAAAUAAUUCAUCUCUCUCCGGUCGCUGCGCGCGCUGGUGCAGUUGCACUUAGACGAUUAACUCGGCUUUUUACGAUGACUUCAUGAUUUAUUAUAAUAACACGCAACUGUGCCGUAAUAAAGCGCAAAACAUUUCUUGCAGAAUGUACAGUGAGUUAUAUUAAAUAGAUCAUUUGCGAGUUCUCACGCUGUGACUACAACGGCAGCGUUGAAAAUUACUCGACGCUUGCGACGACAGAAAUUUCUUUUAAUUCUGAAUCAAUAUAUGUACUUAAUUGUUAUAAGUACUUAAUCUGUACGACUUUUAUUAUAUAGAGUAUUCCUAAAGUCAUUUUCUAUUUGGUGAAAUAAAACAAAUUUCAAAAAAUAAUACUAUUUAAUGUCAUCAUUAUAUACACAUAUGUGUAUAUAAAAUAACCCUCGAGCUUAAGCUGCUCGGGUUCUUAACAUAGACUUUUUUUGGGACUUUAUUCAAUCGAAUGUUUAUAGAAAACGAGUUGAAGAUAUAUAAAAUUAUAGAAAAUUAUAGAAAACGAGUUGAAGAUAUAUAAAAUUUGGAAAAUCGUAUUGGAAAGUCAGCUUAAAAAUCGACGCUUAAAAUGUCUGUAAAUGUGUUUUGCAAUGCGAAUGACUGGUUUAAGAUUAAUAGAAACACCAAUGGUGCACAUGAAGAAUGUAAUAAUUAAAGUUUAGUAAUAAUUAUAAAAUGUUAUAAAACCAUAAUGUAAUGACUUUUUAAGGUUGAUGUAUACAAAUUUUGUUUCUUUAUGAUGUACACAAAUAUGUAUGUAAUCUUGAAAUUAAACAAUUACUUUAAAAUUCACUUUCUUCGCUAAAUAUUAUAGAUAAUAACGUUAAGAUAGCAUUGGAUACUAAUAAAUGAAAAUUUUACUUGACUAAAAUAAUCGGCAAAUAAAUAAUCAAAAUAAAUUAACACAAAUAAAAAUCUUAAUCAAUAUACAAGGUGUUCUUUUUGUAUCACAGGGGAAUAAAUAGGGAUGAGUGAGUAAGUGAGUGUGUGGGUGGGUGCCUGACCAGAGCUGGGGGUGGCAAGUUUUCAGUGUGUGGAGGUGAUGUGUGUUUUGUGUGCGGUUAUGAAUGCAUGGAUAAUUUGAAUAUUUUUAGUGCGAGUGAGCGGAGUGAUUGCGUUUUAUGUGCCGAAGGGGGAGGGCAUGUGUGGUAUGCUUCCUUCGAGUGCGUAUGUGACUUGAAUGUUUUCUGCAUGUCAGUGGUUGAGUACCGCGAAUGAUUUUAGUGUGUAUACGAAAAGGGGAGAAAAACGGACAAGCAGGGAUCCUGAGGAGCCUACGGCGUCCUAUGGGCCUGAGCGCUCACUCGGGGCGCUAAGGGAUUGGCAGAUUUAAUUAAUUAAUAUUUCAUUUUAUUAAUAAUUGUCGGAUCCAAAAAUGGAAGAGGAACUUUCAGUUCCAAAUUUCACCCUCUACUUACCUCUAACGGAUGUUCUACCAGUUUUGGAACACCCUGUGUAUAUUCACAAAUAACUUAAUCAAUUCAUGAAAUUAAUUAUUAAUCAAUCAUUAAUUUACUUAGUGAUCGAUAUGUAAUAAUGUAUUAAUUAUUAAUCAAUCAAUCAAAUCAAAGUUUGACUAAUUAACUUCAUCAGUCGAUUAAGUUACUUACGCAUACACAUGACGAUUGGUUAAUUUUAUUAUUGAUUUGCAAAUUAUUUUAGUCAACUAACUACUUUUAAUCAAUUAAUGUCCAACACUGCUUCAGGAACAUCCUCCUGAAUAUAAAUGUAUCUAUGAUCCCGAUCACGUUGGUCCUAAACAGUUAUCUGGCUUGUAUAAGGUGAUGCUAUGGUGUCUUAACUAUUAAUAAGUCUUUAAUUAUUAACAAUCCUGAAUAUUAAUAAAUCCUGUUUGCCAUGUUGCUUUACAUAAUUUAUCUAUAUCCGAUAAAAUCAAACUACAUCAUGUACGAACUAGACAAUUGAUUGGAAUCAACCUGAUUAUAAUCAUGAAAUAAAUUUCUAGUCGGAUUGUAUUAAAUAUUUCCUGAAAAACUAAAAAGUAUUGUAUGAUUUUCUAUUAGUUUUUAACCUAUUACUAUUGUUUUGAAAUUGUCUUAAUAAAAUUCAUAUAAGAUCCUGCUCGGACAUCUAAAAAGAUAUAAACUUAUGCUCAGUGAAAUCCUCUUAUAUAUAAUGGUCUCUCAAGAGAGAAGAAGAGAGAAUUCUUCUAAAGUGGAAAAAAUAUUUUAACAUCCACGAAAUGAAUUCUACUUGCAGAGUUCUAUUUCCUGUAAUUCAAUAUUCUAAGCGAGACUCUUACCAUAAAAGUACCCCCUUUCUAAUAAAAUGAACUAUUAAUUGGAAAUCUCUUAGAUAUUAUUUUAACUUUUGUUCCUUUGAAAUAAAGAAGAAUAUGUUUACUGGAAGAGUAAAAUGGCCUCUUAUUAGACGAAAUUUCUAUUUAAAACAAGACUUGUAGUGUAUAGAUAAAAGAUAAAAUCCCUUUUUAUAUAUAAAAAUAUUGUGCUUAGAGUGUUUUCUUUUUAGUCUCAGAAGAAUCUUUUUGAGGCCAUAUAUAAAAAGGAUUCCGCUAAAAGUAAGAUUUUUAUGGAUGGAUACAAUAUUUAGUGGUCGAUUCUUUUGUCUCACGAAUACAGACGUUGUUCUCAAUCUUCUAACCCGUGCGAAUAACGUUGAGCUGGACUUAAUCGUACGAAGAGGAAUUUAACGUUGGGGGACAAAGCGGGGGUGACGCGCGCGAUUUCACUCAGACACACGCCUACUCGCGGAAUAAGUGGAUCACCUUGUCUCAUCCGUUCUCGCGCGUCAGAUGUAAGACCGUAAUCGCGGUUGAUAUAUCGCCGCGAUCGUUCUUCAUUAUCGCCGAAUGUGUCCUGCGAGCUUAUACGGUAUGUAGCUACGUGCUGCGGCAACGACGUAACUUUGUCGCGAAGUGGCUUAACAAGGCAACCAGACACGCCGGACCGAGGCUGCGUUUCUUGCGCGUUCGAAGGAAGCACGUGGCAACAUAUGGAACGUGUGUUACGGGCGUGUGUUAUCUCGCCAGUUUGCGGUUUCCCAAACGGAACGAAUCUUACCGACUUAUCCCGGCGCAACGAGACAAACUGGCGUGACGAACGCAAAUUGGCCGGGCGACCGUACGCCGUUAAGAAACUUGUCGAACGAAGAAUGCGCGUCGAAAGAUAUUUACGAUCUACGUGGCGGACUUACCCGCGGCGUACGAAUUUUCACACGCACUCAAUUCUAUCGGGUUUCCGACAACGCGGACGGAUUUCGCACCCCCAAAAUUCCAACGAAGUAAAUUUAACUAAUUAACAUUUGUGUCACGUCAUUAUUAAUUUCCUUCGUUGACUUCGUCGCUAAUUCAACAAACGCGCGAUCACGAUUGCAUCUUAACGAGCGCGGUUUGAGCAUGGCGAGUGAGUUGGAGGAGGAAGUGUGACGGUAACUUUUCCCAAGCUUUAUCUCGCCGCGGAAACGGAAGCGCGAUUCUUUCCGGACACAUUGAGUAGUCGAGCGUGAACGAGCGCGGCGACGAAAACGAGAGAUAGAUAGGUAGACAAAUAGAUUGAUAGAUAGAUAGGUAGAUAGAUAGAGAAGGAGAGAGAGAGGGAGAGGGAGAGAGAUCCUUACAACGCCCGAAUUCGACGUUAAGCGGCAGAAACGAGAGCGUGUACCAAGGUCGUUUUAAUCCUGCCGCACGCGCGGUAGGAUUAAAUUCGCGCAUUUUUUCGUCGCUUUCUUCCAUUCGCACCGGGUUUUCCUUUGUAUACUCGUUCUCGUUCGUUUCGUGCUGCGAAAUGUUGAAUCGUCCGACACCCGACGACGACGUCGUGUAAAAAAGCCGUUCAUGCGGCGGCGGCGGCGGCGACAAAGCGCACCUCGCGCCACGUGAAACACGUCAGCGGGGGCGAAUUAUCCGCUGUAGCAGAUCAAACGGUCUCGGGGCGAGAAACCCUUCACGGCUCUUUGGCUUGCGCCGUAAAGCGCGGCUAAAAAAAAGAGAGAGAGAGAGAGAGAGAGAGAGAGGACAGUUCCGUUGUCCCUUCGAGCGUCGCAGAUUUACUCGCCGAUCGGUGCGUCGGUAUCGUCGACGAAACAACGUUAAAUCCAAUCGAGCGUGGACAUUGUCCACUUGACUGCUCGAGGGCUCCCGCGUUUCCCUUUCUCUUUCUUUCUCUCCCUUCGCCCUUCCCCACUCCCACCCACCUCAACCGUGUGUUAAUAAGAGAAACUGCGGAUGCAAUCCGAGUCCAGAGACCAACCAUGCAUCAGCGCUUGGCAAGUUUGAUAAAAGAAUUGAGAUCGUGCGCAAUACGAUGAAACGAAUUCUGUGGAGCAGUCUGAAGAGACAUAUCUUGGAAUUGUUUCUUGAUUUCUUGGCUAUAGUAGAUAUAAACAUUUCACAAUCAGAGAUCAUGCAUAUAACGUAGAACUGCGCCGCUUAUUUUACCUUCCGCUAUCAUUCACUUUUCAUCGUUGUCAGAAAACUAUCAGCCCAAGACAUAUCUCUCCAGAUUUUGUACAGAACUUGUUUCAUCAUGUCGCACUCAUUGGCUGAUCAUUGAUUGAAUUAUCUUUAAAGUCUUAGAAAUUAUUGUAAUAGUUUGCAAAUUGAUAGGUAAUUUCUCUAUACUCAGUUUAAUUAAUUCUGUAAAGGAGCGUUUGGACAUUUAAAUCCAGACAUUCAAAAUUUAUUCGUAAAGACCAUCAUUUUUACCACUUUGUUUAUUUAUAACAAUUAUAUUGUUAACAAUAAGCAAGAUUUUUUAUUUUUCGUAACUUUCAUGAUGUUCGAAAAAUAUAAAAAUACCAAAUCUGCUAAAUAAAUCAUUUAAACUCUAUGAAAAAAAUAAUAAAAUGUGAAUAAAUAUAGGUGGGUCUCUGGUAGACUCGCUGUGACUCUAAGGGUUAAGAAUUCAUAUAAUAAUUCAUAAUAAUUUCGACAUAAAGAAAUAAUUAUCGUGACUAUUUGCAAGAUGGUAGAGAAAGCUCUUGUUUGUUCAAUUUUAUGAGCUCUAUGGACACACAAGUGUUGGUGUGCGUUGUGCCAGAUAUUCUGUAGAUUUCUAACGCUAUGGUGAAAAAUAUAUAAUCAGAAGAUUAUGGAGAUACGAAACGUGUUGUUUUAAAUAUCCGUUAAUUAUACAAGGUGUCUGGAUUUAAGUGCAGAUAGAAAUUGAAUUGAAUAGAAAAAAACCUAUAUCAUUUUAUAUACACUCUACUAUAUGGUAAUUAUUGAGGUAUUAAUGAAGGAAAAUUUGUCAAUUCAUGCGAUGCGGUGCGACAGCAUAGUUAUCGCGGACAGGAUUAAAGUAAAAGUUCGAGAUAUACGGAUAAACGCGUGAAUCUGCGCAUGAUAUUAGUUUACGCGGUUUCUCUAUUACACGACAUAUUUGUACUGCUUACUUUAUAUUGAUCGGGAAAGCGGGUCUCCUAGCAGAGGAACGCGGGCAGCACCGACGGCCAAGAUAAAUGUCGAGUAUCGGAGCGUCGAAUGAAUGUUCUCGAAAGAGUUUGCAUGAAAUUGAAUUGAUACGGUUUACAGUUUCGGCGGGUAAGCGGAUUCCCGCGGCCGUGGUAUCGUAUCGAUGUUAAAACAAUGUUAAAUCGCUCGAGUCUGACUUCAUUCGCCCGGCUGCUCAUCGCAAUCACCCUUCCCGGAACGCGAGUAGUUUCCGCCGCGAGGGACGGCGGCUUGAAGUAAGUGUGGAUUGGAAAAAAGAGAGAAAAAAUAGA